CUCAUAGCACACGCAGAACAUCGCUUAUCACCAUGGUUAUCAUCCAUCCCUCUCCGUCCCAGGUAGUCAGAGCGCAUGCCCCGACACCCGGUCACCGCGCGCCGUCCUGCACCACCAGCAGUAGUUGAGCGCGCGCGGCAGGCAGGCAGGCAGGGACAGCACUCCGCCGUUCUGCUUACCGCCUUUGGGCGAUACCUGCAGUAGGUGGGUGGGCGACUGGGCGACUGGGCGCGAUGUCUCGUGAGACCCGGAUUCCGUAGGGGGGCAUUUUCUACCGCGAGCGUCGGCUGGAGGCUUUUCUAACUUCACCCGUGGUCGGGAACACUUUGUUCUGAGGAUACUUCUGCCGGAGCAUUUGGAUGGAGAGGAUGAAGUUCCUCCUCGUAGUGGAGGCUGAGCGCGCGCCAGGGGACACGAUGAAGAGGAAAGUACCGCGCGUGUAACUUGCUGAAAUCGCGCGUGAACCAAGUCUCCUCGAGCGGGUGAUUGAUCGUUUUGUUUCGCGUCACGCGCCGCACAGGGAGCCCACGGUGGAUGAGUGGAGUAUCUGAUGAGCUGAAGGCUGCACUGCGCUUCUGAACAGUGGUCGGCGCGGACGACCAGGGAGAAGACAUGGUAGAUGAGGAUGGCCGCACCUGACCUCCUCGACCCCAAGUCUGCGGUGCACAACGCCAAGCCCCGCCUCUCCUUCUCGGCCCACCCCCUGGUGCUGACCCCGCCCGUGGACGAGUACGACGAGGUGCACACCGUCAUGAGGUGGAAGACGGUGUCUGCCAUCUUCUUCCUGGUGGUGCUGUACCUCAUCGUGGGGGCCACGGUGUUCCGGGCCCUGGAGCAGCCCCACGAGAGCUCCCAGAAGCUGGCCAUCCUGGCCGAGAAGCUGGAGUUCCUCGACCUGCACGCCUGCGUCAACUCGUCCGAGCUGGAGGACCUGGUGAAGCAAGUGGUCUCUGCAAUACGAGCCGGCGUCAACCCAUCAGGAAAUCCCUCCAAUCAGACCAGCCUAUGGGACCUAAGCUCCUCCUUCUUCUUCGCCGGCACCGUCAUCACCACCAUUGGCUUUGGGAACAUCUCUCCUCACACAGAGGGCGGGAGGAUCUUCUGUAUAAUCUACGCCCUGCUGGGGAUUCCACUGUUUGGAUUCUUAUUGGCUGGCGUCGGGGAGCAGUUGGGAACCAUCUUCGGAAAGGGCAUCGCCAAAGUAGAGAAGAUGAUUGUGAAGUGGAACGUGAGCCAGAUGAAGAUCCGGGUCUUCUCCACCGUGCUCUUCAUCCUGUUCGGCUGCGUGAUCUUCGUGGCGCUGCCGGCCGUCAUCUUCAAGCACAUCGAGGGCUGGAGCGCGCUGGAGUCCAUCUACUUCGUGGUCAUCACCCUCACCACCAUCGGCUUCGGGGACUUUGUGGCGGGCGAGAAGGGAGGCCUGGAGAACUCAGAGUUCAUGGACUACUACAAGCCGGUGGUGUGGUUCUGGAUCCUGGUGGGCCUGGCCUACUUCGCUGCCGUGCUCAGCAUGAUCGGGGACUGGUGGGUGAUCUCCAAGAAGACCAAGGAGGAGGUGGGCGAGUUCCGGGCGCACGCGGCCGAGUGGACAGCCAACGUGUCGGCCGAGUUCAAGGAGACGCGCCGCCGUCUGAGCGUGGACAUCUACGACAAGUUCCAGCGCGCCGCCUCCAUCAAGCGCAAGCUGUCGUCGGAGCUGGGCAUGAACGCCGUCAACCAGGAGAUGACGCCGGGCAAGCGCACGCUCUCCGUCAACUUCGGCGAGGAGCGGGAACUGUACCCCAACCUGACGCUCUCGUUCACCCCCGCGCCGCUGAGCCGGAACGGCAGCCUGUACCUCAACGGCCUCAGCCCCGACUACGCAGACCGCCGCGAGGUGGCAAUCAUCGAGAACUUCAAGUAACCGUGGCGACGGGACAGGG